AUGGUGUUGCCCUCCCGCCAGAAGGUAGACCGCCGCUCCCGUAAGGGCAGCAAGAAGCACCGCCCCGAGAUUAUUGUCGUGGACCUCAAGGAUCACGUGCUGGGGCGCGCCGCCGCCAUCGUCGCCAAGCAGCUUCUGCUUGGCAAGAAGAUCACGGCUGUACGUUGCGAGCAGCUGACAAUUGCGGGGACGGAGAUCCGCAACAAGAUCAAGUAUCUGCAGUUCCUCCGCAAGCGGAAGCUGUCAAACCCAAAGCUUGGUCCCUUUCACCACCGCAGCCCCUCUGACAUCUUCCUGCGUACGGUGCGGUCCAUGCUGCCCCGCUACACGAAGCGCGGUCAGAAGGCGCUGCGCCAGCUUGUGGCGUACGAGGGUGUUCCCACGAACGUUGUGCGCACUGGUGGUCGCGUGGUGAUCCCCAAGGCUCAGCGUCACUACUGCUACCGCGGUGAGCGUCCUUACACGGUGCUGGGUAACAUGUGCAAGCACGUUGGCUGGAAGUACAGCGAUGUUGUGAAGAAGCUCGAGACGGCUCGCGUGGAGAAGGCAACCCGUCACCACAAGAAGACGGAGAAGCUGCGCGUCGCUUGGAAGGCUGCUCGCAAGGAAGCUCUUGCGAAGGUCUCCAAGAGCAACCUGCAGGUGCUGAAAAAGUUUGGCUACGCGUAA